ACAGAUCCGCUGUGGACCGUGUGUAGACCAGACACAGACUUUCACCUCAGUCUGACUGAACCCCGGUGAGUGCGCGCGCACAACAUGGCUAAUUAUGAAGAAGUCUCUGUGCACGGAUAUGAGGAAUUCUGCAAAGCUGUGGCUGAGAGAAAGGGGAAAGACAUCUUUGUGUACUUCAGUGGAGACAAAGAUGAUCAGGGGAAAAGCUGGUGUCCAGACUGUGUGAAAGCUGAGCCUGUGGUUCGUGGGGAAAUGGCUCAUCUUCCUGAAGGCUCUGUCUUCAUUUACUGCCAAGUGGGAAACCGGCCAUACUGGAAAGAUCAGAACAACGACUUUAAGAAGAAUCUAAAACUAACUGGAGUUCCUACUCUCCUUCGCUACAACACACCGCAGAAGCUGGUGGAGGAACAGUGUUUCAAAGCAGACCUGGUGCGCAUGAUGUUCACAGAAGACUAAUGCCAUAAUACUGGCUGUGUUCCACAUAUUGUCACCUAAUUUCCAAAGCAUUUGCUUUACCAUUGGUCAUUUUCAAUGUUUUGUUACCAUAUCAUCAGACUUGUACAAUUAUGUGUAUGUGUGUUUAGUGCAAGGUGAUGGGUAAAGUAUCAAUCUUGGUCAGCAUUCUGUGUCUAAAGGCAGUGUGUGCUGAUAGUAGUGAGAAUUUGUUGCAAUCACAUAAUGUAACAUAGUCUGUAUUUGUAUUUGUGUACAAAUUAUAAUGCUUAUGAGCUUGUUAGAGCUAAUGCCACAGAUUUGUUAAUCAAUUCUUCAGGUGUGUAUCAAAUUAAUUUUUAUUUGCUAGAUGUGUCGGACAUACAGUAAGUAAGUAAGUAUUGUCUAACAAUUUUUGAUCUUGUCCAACAACAAUAAAUAAAUCUUGGUGACUGGA